AGGUACUAAGAGUGAUGGAAACUGACAAUUGAAAGCAGGCUCCCCAACACAGUGAUGUUUGUAGUAUGGUGGCAGAGAUCUUGUUUAUCGCUAAGAACUCUCACCUAACAAAGAAUUGUGCAAUUCGAAGAGGAUUACAAGCCGGAAGGAAUUGUGAAAGAAGAUGAACGAAUCGCUUGCUGAUGAUUUAUUUAGUGUUGUGCAGCGAGUGAUUUGUGUCGUGUUUUGGGUUAGAUAGUCAGUUGUUUCGCGAUGUCAAAUGUAAUGGAUGCAACGUCGGUGUUAACUGCUGACAUUUUUAGUGUCUUUAUUUUAAUCGCAGUUUAAAACGUACGGAUGGAUUCUUUGUUUUAUUCAGCAGUCAUUCGAGAAGAUUCUUUUUCUUGUCUGUGCUAUAAAGGGCUUGGUGUAGAUGUUUAAUGUAGUGCAAUUUCGCGGUCUCAGUGCCGUUACUGCCACCAUCUUAUAAUGAUAUUGUGCAAAUUUAUCGUGAGGUCCGACCCAUUUUCGACUCGUAUUUGUUCGAUGUGUUCUAAGAACCGUGAAAGGUUUUCGUCCGAGAGUCUGCAAACGGUAAAACGACUUUUAAAUACCUCUACGUUACUCAAAUAAUCGCAAAAUCGGAUGUAAAUGAACUCUGCUUCAUUUUUGUCGUUUUCAGUGUUUAAUUUUAAUGAUUCACCUCUUGUUUGUUAGUCAUGUGACCAGCACAGUGUAAUAUAAUAUAGACUUUUGAGUGUAGAUGCAAUUAAUAUUGGAAGUUGUAUACCGAUUUUUCAAAUGUAUCGAAAUUAUGCUUAACGGAAGGCCUGAACCCUGUUUUCAAGACCGGUAUUUGCAAUUACUAAUGAAACGUCAAACAGAGAAAUAUUUUCUUUUUAGAAUUUUAAAAGUGUGAGUUUAGUUUCACGGAUUCCAAUUCUGGCCUACGGACUGUCACUAAUUAAUUAGUGAAGAAGCCUAUAGUGUUUGAACUUGCGACAACAUCAGAACGUAUUUAUUAUUACAUUACACGAAAUGAAAGCAGAGACUGAUAUUUUAUUACAAAGUUAAGUUCGAUUUGAGGAAUAAUACACGUAAUUCAACUGUCGAAACGUCCGAUAGCAGCGCGGUAGUAAUUGGCGGACAUUUAAGUGAUCGUUCAUACAGUUUAUCGUUCUUGGAACAUCAGUACUUCGUAGAACAAUAAAUGCGAUUUUUUAUUUAUGAAAUAUCUCCUUUAAGAAAGUUGUCGGUGGAUACGAAUUGUCUGAAACUACAUCUCCAGGAAAUAGCAUUAUUAUUGAUACUAUUAAUAUUGUGAGUGUCUGUGAACCUAGUGGAUUACUCCUUACCGAUGUGCAAUCGAAGGUCAGUCUGCUUAACCGGAACAGCAUAGAAGUGUGACGGCGUUGGGAUUCCCGUUGUCAUGGCAGCGAGAGGGUCGCUCCUGCCGUGAGAUGGCGUAGUGACGAGUGACGUCACUCGGACUGGGGGUCACGUGACACACGUGACGGUAGAGGAAGUGGGCUGGAGCCGUGGUGGCGCUGUUUCCUGGAGAACGGCUUACCACACCGCUAUCCGGUACAGAUGUCCUGACACCGGGCCGCACAGGGGCAGCAGGAUGACAGCUCCUGACGAGGACUAUGGGCGGCGGGAAAGACUGCUGUUGCACCACCCCCAUCAGUACCCGCCCCCUGGUCCGACACCAUCACCCGGGGCUGGAGAGCGGUACAUACCACCACCCUCUCCCGCACAGGGCCACAGUGGUAGUGGCGCUGGAGAGCGUUAUAUACCAGCCCCGACGCCACCCCCGGGGGAUCGUUACAUCCCUCCACCAGCCCCGGCACCCGGCGACCGCUAUCUUCCAUCGAACGAGCGUUACCACCAAAGUUCCUCGACAGGUGAUAGGUACCUGGAGCCUUCGGGUGCUGGGGACCGCUAUUUGCCACCUGCCGCCGCCCCUGGAGAUAGGUAUCUUCCAACCCCUUCCAGUGUUACAAGUGACCGGUACCUAUCGCCACCAGCUCCAGCACCUGGGGAGCGAUACCUGCCCCCUUCUGCGCCGGCACCAGAUGAGAGAUACCUGCCCCCGCCGUCACCAGCGACACCCGGAGGACCUGGCGACCCUUACAUGCGUCGUGAUUUGGGAUACCACCAUCAUUACCGGCUGCCNNACCCCUCAUACCACCCUCACCACCCACAUCACCCUUCUCACCACCAGUUUCACCCUCUUUAUCACCACCAGCGCGCUUUACCACCCGCCCCACAUCACCGCUCGCUCAACUACCAUCCCCAUACUCCUCACCACGUGGUACCUUCACCAAACAGAGGCCAUAUCCGAUGUUGCCACUCGGCUGAACCUCCCUAUCUCUUGCCUUCAACGGGAAGUCCAGGCAAUGUAUCUGCAUGUAACACGCCUUCAGACCCCGGUUCAGGCAGCGGAGGAACUUCUGCUGUUGUGAUGUUGACUGCGUGUACCGGAAAUAUCGCAGCAUCUGGUACGGGUUCAUCGUCAUCGUCAUCAUCUUUAGCUAUAGCACCGGCUACAAGUGUUAGUGGAGGAGCUGAAUAUAUGACGUCACCAUUGUUGCCUCAUCGUGGACGGACGCCCCCUUGUAGUGUUGUGUCUCAGCGUCUGGCAGCACAGUCGCCUUCCGCUUCCGGUAAUAACGUAGCCUCUAACAUAGCAUCUUCCGCGUCGAACGUUCCCGUUAUCGAAUACGUUGGAGCCAGCGGUGGGAGACACGUGUCUACUCCCACACCCCCGCCGACUUCAUUACUACCGCGUUGUGGUAGCUUGAAUAGUUGUGACCUUGGAAUUGAAAACCCUUUAUGUGGAAGUGGUGAUGGUGUGAGCAACAGCACCGGUAGUGUAGGAGGUAACGGCCAUCACCACCACAAUCUUAAUCACAGUCUUCACCAACAGCAGCCGCCGCCUCAGAGAAGAGGGUGUGGUGGGGUCAUCGAUAAAUUGGACCCACAAGGCUCAACAAUGUCAUUAUGUUGUGGAAGUAGUCGCAGAUUCGCAACGAUGCAGGCUCCGCCACCUCCAAUGUCGCAGCAGCAAGUCAUUUCAACGGCUGCGCAGUGCCCAGCUGGGUGCACGUCGACAGGCGAACUGCAGCCGCCGUCUGUCUCGACGACUGCACCUUCUGUCCCCAGGCCAGAAUCUAGACAAUCCCUGGCUGCAUCCGCUGCUACCACACCGUCACAUCCGGCCCUCCAGCACAGCACCCCCCACCACUCGUCUCUCUGGCGCGCGGUGGGUCAGGGCUCGACCCCAGCAGCGGCAGGUACUGGGACAUCGGGCGUCACCGGCUCACAACACGAGCCCUCACCUCCUUCCAGCGCUCCUCAGGCCUGCCCGACGCCUGACUCCUACACCAGCCAUCAAGCAGGUUCUGGCGUGUCUUUGGAGCGGUCCUUAUCAGCACCUGCGUCGUCCUCGCAUAAUGUGGGAGCCAUACAGCAGCAGCAGCAGGAGGGACAUCCCCCGUUUGGCAGGUCGCUGUCCAGAACGGAGGUCGUCAAGAACUACAUCAAACGGGAGACAGCGGUGUUCUUCGGCGUUGAGGAGUCGAACGAAGAUGAACAGCAAGCCAGGUGGUUGGAUCGCCGGAAGAGGCUCGCUGUCAGAAAGUACGGUUCCCUGAAGGAAGAGUGUCUGACGCCCGCGACAACAUUAAGGUCGCCCAGAACCGCUGCCCGACAGUUGCAACUUACAAGUGCCUAUGCAUCUCAGACCCGGGAUUACUUCGCAGCCGGGCGGCCCGACGUGCUACCUGGGGGUCGAGAGUCCCUUGAUUCCCCUGCGGAACACCAGGCUACAACCCCGCAACGCUGGGCUGAACCUCCUGUCCGGCGGAAAGAGUCUGUCGCGAGAAUGACCUUCGGAGGCCUGGCCUUGGUCGUUGCGUCUCUCACUCGGCAUCGGCCGAGGCCCGCCUCCAGGACUCGACAGUUCUCCCGCAGUUACCCCUCGUCAACUGUGGGCCCCAGUCCGGACCCGUCUUCUCCCGUUACAGAUGAAGAGGUAAGUUAAAUCAUCAUCGCCCUG